AUGGCGCCUCCCGGCCUCAGCAGCAAGGGCAAGGCGACAAAGCCCGGCUCCAAGCCCUCGCAGACGCCGCGCAGCCGCAACACCACUCCGCUGCCCACCGUGCGCGCCUCGGUCGAGCCUUCUUCCGCCUCGUCGCACUUUGGCAGCCGCCUCAGCUCCUACCUCAAAAAGUGCGACGUCACCGUCGAAGAGAUACUCGAAACCGGCGCCAAUGGCUCCCAGAUCCCCUCGGGCAAGCAGCUGCUUACCAUGCGCGACAGCAUUGAGAAGACGGUCCUGAAGAACGUCGAGUCGCGCUGCGUCCAGUCGGAAGGCGCCCUCAGGGAGCUCAUGAGCCUCAAGAAGAACCGCGCGCCCCGCGACCGCGACAAGGACAAGGCCAGUGACGAUCGCAAGCACAAGCUCAAGAAGGUGAAUACCAAGCACGACGACGACGGCAAGCACCCGCCUGCCGUCGGCGCCCAUGGCGUGGCCAGGCAGGACGGCGGCGACAUCAAGGCACCCCCAUCGGCUGCCGGCGCAGGCCCAGCAGACGCCCCUUCACCGAGCGCAUCUGAUGUCUCCCACCAACCCGCCCCCGCGCCUGCUGUACCCCAAUUCCAGACGUUUGGGCCCGACCCCGCCAAGUUCGAUGACCCCACCAUAUACCAUAUCCGCGAUGUGACGCCCGGCAUGUCGAUUGAGGAGAAGAAGGAGAUAUACUGUGUUGCAGAGUUUCCCAUCACGGAUCUGCGCGACAAAAUAGCAGGCUCACCCCCGGACAAGGACUUUUCCAAUGCGAAGCCGCCAUCGCAGGUGAAUGCCACCGUCUUUGCCAACUACGUCGAGCCGUACAUCAGGCCACUUACCGAAGAGGAUGUGGCUUUCUUAAAAGAGCGCGGGGACCGCAUAGCACCCUUUGUGCUACCGAGACGCGGACAGCGACACUACAAGGAGAUAUGGGCCGAAGAAGACGGAUCCAUGCACAUUGACUCAAACGACCAGCGGCCGCCGCCCAACGUCCCGCGAGGCGCAGCCGAGGAUAUCUUAGAUGAGGUGCUGGAAACCGACCAAGUGUCUGCCGGUCCUUUACUCUCGCGGUUGCUGGCGACGCUACGACCAGAGGGACGUGGCAAUCAAAACAGCCAACAGGAAAUCAAUGGCGUCAGCGGGGACGCCAUGGAUAUUGAUGAGGGCGCCGGAGCACCGCCAGACCCGACCAACACCAACUCGCUUCCUGCCGCAGCCCAGCUGCCUGAUCUCGUCCAGCCUGGCUGGAAAUCGCCGUCGCAGAAUGGACGCACCGACUAUGUGGGCAUGGAAGACCGUGUGAUGAUGGAACUGAAGCAUUACGGCUUCAUCUCUGAGGCAGACGCCGAGUCGCAAUCAUACGACUCACAUUUCGACGACGAGGUAGCGCAGCGCCUGCGUUUUCUGCAGGAAGAACUCCGGAAGCAAUCCAUCAUCAACGGUGCGCGAAAACAGCGCCUCCUCGAGCUCACCGAGGAGCGCAUAGCCCAGCAGGAAUACAACACCAUAGCGGAUGACCUGGACAAUCAACUCAACGCCGCCUAUCUCAAGCGCAAUCGCAACAUUGGAAAGGGCAAAAAACAAAACAAGCGGCCGGGCGGAGCGGGCGGUGGCAGCCAUCCGGUUCCCAACGCAGGCAUUACGAGGCCUGGCGUGGGCGAGCCCAUUCGAACGCUCAUGGAGAGAAGAACACAGUGGCUCAACACAAUCGGACCUGUGGUCAAUUACGGCAAGACAGGAUUGCCUACUGAAACUAUAUUUGGAGAGGAGAAGAUGAGGGAACUAGAAAACAAGGAAGUAGAGAUUUGGAACACCGAGGCUGAAGAAUAG